AAACGCUCCCGCGGACCGGGUAACUAUGCCCCGCCCUCCACCUACGCACACCUCCCCUUACUCCCAGACGCCCUAGCCCCGGAUCUCCUAAUCCUCUUCAUCGGGCUAAACCCCGGCGUCCAAACCGCCCGCAGCGGGCACGCCUACGCCCACCCAUCGAACCUCUUCUGGAAGCUUCUCUAUUCUUCCCGUAUCACACCCGUGCUGUGCAAAGCGGAGGAGGACCAGACUAUGCCUGCCCGCUACGCACUGGGGAACACCAACAUUGUCGCGCGGCCAUCCCGUAACGGGGCGGAACUGAGUAAAGCCGAGAUGGAUGCGGGUGUUGCGAUUCUGGAGGAGAAGGUUGCGAGAUGGAGGCCUGAGGUGGUGUGCGUGGUGGGCAAGAGUAUUUGGGAGAGUAUUUUCAGGGUUAGGAAGGGGAGGGCGAUACGAAAGGAGGAGUUUAAGUAUGGAUGGCAGAACCAGGGGGAGAAUAUGGGGGUUGGGAGUCCUGGCGGAAGAGAGGACGCGGAGUUCAAGGGGGCGAGGGUGUUUGUUGCUUCUAGUACAAGCGGGUUGGCUGCGACGCUGAGGCCGGAAGAGAAGGAGAGGAUUUGGAAGGAGUUGGGGGAUUGGUGUGUGAAGAGACGUAAGGAGAGG